AUGACCGUAAAUUUUGCAUUGUUUCAGAUAUCAAUCCCGAAUAACGUUACCUUGAGAUGCACUGCCUGGAAUCACAAGGAAGGCUAUAUCGCCUGCGGUGGCGAUGGAGGCUUGCUGAAAGUAAUAAAACUUGAGAAUUCUGGCACCAAUGGUAACGAGAAUCUGCCGUUAACGAGCAAGCUCUCCGUCAACCAAACGCUUGAUGGACAUAACGGUACUGUUAAAGUUAUCCGGUGGAACGAAAAUUUUCAGAAGCUGGCAACGAGCGACCAGCACGGGUACAUAAUUGUGUGGACGUUUUAUAAAGGGUCUUGGUGUGAAGAAAUGAUAAACAAUCGAAAUAAGUCGGUAGUCACAGAUUUGCAGUGGAGUAAUGACGGAAACCAAAUUUGCAUAGCAUACGAAGACGGGGUGGUUAUAGUUGGAUCAGCUGAUGGAAACAGAAUUUGGAGUAAGGAAACGAAAUUGAGUCUCGUAGCUGUGCAGGUAAAAUGUACCAUUUGUUUGUUUGCAAAUGAUUACUAUUGUCCUAAGCCUGUUAAGUUUGAAACUUUCUCUGAACUGAUUAACUGUACAGUCACGCAUUUAAAGUCAAAGAUCGCAAUUUUGUGUACUCCUACUCCGGAAGUACAUCAAUUGCUCACCAUUCAAUGGCACAAACCGCAGUUUACUGGCACGCUGGCCAACGACUGCGCUCCUUCGUUGGCAAUUGUUUAUCAGCAAGGCUUUCUCCAAAUAAUGCGUCAUGAAAACGAUCCAGAUCCGGUGAUAUUAACAUUCUCAAUUAAAAUCACAUCGGCCAAAUGGAAUCCUUCAGGGACGCUCCUUCUCAUCGCCGGGCAAAACCUCACUCUCCCGGAAGGGGAGCAAAACAUCAUAUACUUCAUCAACGCAUUUGGAGAGCAUCUACGGAGUCUCAAAGUUCCCGGAAAAUGGCUUACUGAGUGCAGCUGGGAAGGAACUGGCCUUCGAAUUGGGUUAGCGGUCGAUUCUUACAUCUAUUUUGCCACCAUCAGACCAGAUUAUCAAGUGAGUAUUAUGCGAUUAGACCUUAUCCUCAAAAAACCCCAUACCUUCGCAACGCCUUACAUACUUAAAAUGUUUCAGAUUCACUUCAAGUACGUUCAUCAGUUGUGCUUCGUAAAGUGCUACAAGCAGCACUGUGUGAUCAUUCAUAAUUCAGACGACAACCCAGGACAGUACUUAGUGCAGCUGUGCAACGGUAUCGGUACUCCUGUCAACUUCAUGAACAUAAAAAUGGACAUCCUGUUCGUCGUUAUCAACAGCACCGAUGUGAUCUUUGCAAACAAGGAAAGUUUCUGCCUCUGGAGUUAUAGCUCAGCCGGUGAAACUAGUGCCAACAUUCCGGUAAUGUUCAACGGUACGAAGGAAAACAUCUGUCAGUUGCACAGCACCAGUGGUGAUGAAGUUCAGCCAGUAUUCUGA